GUCCGCUUCACUUUGUGUCGCUUGUAUUCAUUCACGCUGCGGUGCGGACUUCGGGAUUUCAAUUAAUCUCUUCGCGUUUGAAUGCAGAGAUUUGUUGCUAACCCUUCACAACUUCUUUUGGGGUUUCAGGGAUCUUCAAGAAGGCUCGUUUUCUGGUUACAGAUUUAGCUUCUAGGGUUGCGAAAUUGUUGUUUGCAAGACGCGCUGCUAUGGCGUGGGGUCGCCUCCUUCAGCUUGGGAAGUCCUUAACUCGUACACCACAGCUGGAAUUUGUACCAGUUUGGUGGCGUUUACAUUCCUCUUUUUCACAGUCCGUUAUGGAUACAAGCGGUCUUGCUCCAAGGUUGGUUGGACCUGAAUCAGGGUCGCAGGUUAUGGCGAGCUCAGAGGAUGGCUUAGACGCAGUCGUCUGUGGGAGAGGAGAUAAGAAGACCAAGCGUGGGAAGCGAUUUAAGGGCUCUUUCGGAAACCCCAGGGAGAAGAGAGGAACAACCACACGGCGGCUUCGCAAAAAUUGGGAACUUUCAUACGACCCUCUCCUACCUGUGCAUGCUCAACCCUUUCCUCCCAUGCUUGCGUAGAGUAUCCAUGGUCUGAUGCUAUCCUGGUGCAGCACCACAACAGUUAAAUCCUCCGCUUAGCAUUGAUGAUUCAUUUCAGCUCUGAAGCUCGGAAUGCGCUCUUGAGACACUGGAAUUUAGCACACCAAUUCUUAUUAAGCUGCAUAGCUAAGAGGUUCUAAGGCUUGCUCAGUACUGGUUCUAGUUGAGGUAGAAUUCUAUGCAGUUCAAAUGUUUUGAUCGUAAUUGUAUGCAAUCGUUAUUCCACCAAUUGAGAAAUUCUGAACGUCACGCCAGUGAGCGGACUUAACUCGUAAA